AUGGAAGUCAAUCUCGAGAGCCAGCGUAUGAAUCCAACUAUCCAAGAAGACAGCGUCAACCAGUCCAUAGAAACUAAUAUCACUGCCACCGACGCGACCACUCCCGCAACCAGUUUCGGCCAUCCCGGCCCGCAAGGUCCUGGCUCUGAAGCAAAUAUGGAUACAUUUUUGACCCGUCGAGCCUUUCGCCGGCGCGUUUUCGCAGCCGCUUCUAUUCCCACGCCUCCAAGUUUCUACAAAACAUCAAAACUACGGAACCCCAGGAACCCCCACGAGGUACCGCCUAGCCCUCGCGGCCUAACCCAGGCCCUCGAGGACAACCCCGAGGCCACAUUUGAAGGUCUCGGCGCCGACACCCUCAAAGCCGUCAUGUCAGCCGUCAUGAGCUCCACAAACGGCGUCCUGCGCCUCUGGACGGAGAAGCUUGGUGCCCCAACCGGCACCCGGAGAGCGCCGCCUCCCGCGCAUCCUCGCCGCCAACAACAGCCUUGCGUCUCCGCGCCAGCCAGGGCCGGCGGCACAUUCGAGCUGUGCGAGGCGCUGCAGCAGCCGGGCCAGGUGUUCGCCGCGCGCAUGGCCCGGGUCGUCGUGAUGCUCGGGUUGACGGUGGGGGUGCUGCGCGUCCGCAAGGCGCGGUUGCUCGCUAGUCUUUAUGUGUGGGACGGGGUGGUGGAGGAGGAGGUGGAGGAGGUGCGGUGCCGCGAGGUGGAGACGCGCGGGCUGCUGAGGGCCUCGCUGAUGUAUGGGCGCUAGCGCCGGGGCUGCGUGGCGCAGAUGCUGGAGGCGGUGGUGGAUGUGUUGGAGGCUGUGGUCGUGGAGGGAGAGAGGGGGGAGGGUG